AUUUGAAUUGACGCGAAGCGCGUGAUUUACUUCUCUGCCAACUUACAAUGGAUUUUUACGAUCAUAGUUAUGAAGAAAACAAGCUUGGGAUGACAGUCACAAGUGGUUGUGUGAAACUGAAAAAAGAUGCUCAAAACCUAGUUGGAAUCAGUAUUGGAGGUGGUGCCCCAUACUGCCCAUGUCUUUAUGUUGUUCAAAUAUUUGACUCUACACCUGCCUCUGAAGAUGGCAGUCUGCAAGCUGGGGAUGAAAUCACUGGUGUUAAUGGAAUGUCUGUCAAAGGCAAAACUAAAGUGGAGGCUGCUCGACUUAUCCAGAGCUUUAAAGAUGAAGUAAUAAUUAAUUAUAACAAGCUGCAUGCGGAUCCAAAACAAGGAAAAACGUUAGAUUUAAUUCUGAAGAAGGUUAAGCAUCGUAUUGUUGAAACGAUGGAAUCUAGUACAGCUGAUGCUCUAGGCUUAAGUCGAGCUAUUCUUGUCAAUGAUGGUAUGGUGAAAAAGUUGGAGGAGUUAAAUAAAACAUCGAAUGCAUUUUCUGGCAUGGUUAAUCAUGCGAAAAAUCUUUUGCGUGCAAUCUAUGAGCUGUCUCGUGUGUAUGCUGUACUUGGCGACACUUUUUCUGAAAUUGGUGUUAAAGAGCCUAUGGCAUGUACAAGUGAGGCAUUCACCCAGUUCGGUACAAUUCAUCGAAGCAUGGAACGUUUUUCAAUAGAAAUGUUAAAAAAGAUAAAACCGAUGAUUACGGACUUAAACACAUUUCUGCGCAAAGCUGUUCCUGACACUAAAUUAACAAUUAAGAAAUACUUGGACGUUAAAUUUGAAUACUUGUCAUAUUGUCUCAAAGUGAAAGAAAUGGACGACGAAGAAUACGGCUUUGCUAUGGUUCAAGAACCCUUGUAUCGCGUGGAAACUGGAAAUUAUGAGUACCGACUUGUGCUAAGAUGUCGACAGGACGCACGUACAAGAUUCGCUAAAAUGCGUAACGAUGUCUUAGUAAAGUUAGAAUUGCUAGACAAUAAGCAUGUACAAGAUAUUGUAUUUCAAUUGCAACGUUUCAUCGAUGCGAUGGCCACCUACCAUGAUCAGUGCUAUGGUGUUAUGAAACAAAUAAAAAUAUUCCCACUCGAAGUGGAUUUAGCGAGGGAUGCAUUUGCUUACAACCUGGGUGUCUUCAAUACAGGUGAGGAUGAAGGUGACAACGGCAGUGAUGAGGAUGGAGGUAAUACUGUAUCAGCGGAAGAAAAUGCUGGUAAUAAUAAUAAGUACAGUCAGCUGGCUGAUGAUGUUAAAUUGAUAGACUUAGCAGGCUUAAGUACAAAACGUCAAUUUUCUGACAGUCAAGAUGACGAAGUACUUGAUAUGAACAACUGGAACUCCGUAUCGUCUACCUGGAGUUCUUGUACAGCCGAUGAUAAGUCAAAUAAACAGGAAACCGUUACUGACUUGCUUUGUUUCGACUGACUUCCUACCUUUCACCCUAACAUGUACAUAUAUUAUGGAUGUUUGUAUUAUUUACAGGGAAUUAUACUGUGAUGUUUGAGUUAAAUCCACCAAAAUUGUGAUGUGAUCAUGUGAUAUUUUCUCUGAAAAUCUCCAUUCCAUGACAUUAUAUACUUUUCAUUUGUGCUUGUCUGAUUUUCGUCUUGUGAUGUCUUAUAUCUUUGCUUACUUUUUUUACGUAAUGGACCGUGCUUCUUAAGAAAACUACUUCUUCACUGCAUACUCUGGUUCUCGUUAAACUGAUGGGACUCAUGUGGAAAAUGAUCAUUUCCUUCCGUCUUUCUGUAUGCUUAUUUCGACAGGUUCGAAUGCUUAAAUAUGGUUGAAAGUAGUAUGAGCAUUAUUGUUGACUGUCUUCUCCCACCGAUAUGUUAAUAUGUUGACAGAUAACGUGAAGUAACAAUUAGCUGCAGCUAUCAAUCUUUCUAGUGGAAUCAUUCGACUAGCUGAUUAAGAAAUCAUACGAUCUCCAGUCUCCAAAACUAACCUUACAGCUACUUAAAACGAUGAAAAGCGAAAUUUCCUUUAGUGUUCAUGGACAGCAAG